GUGAAGGAAGUACAAAAUGGCGGACCACGAUCUCACCCAGGAGCUAUGCAAGAAUUUGGACAGGCAUCUUGCCUUUCCUCUGCUGGAGUUUUUGUCAAACAAAGAGUUGUACAGCGAGACAGACAUCCAGAAAGCAAAGAUUGACCUCCUGCAGAAGACCAACAUGGUUGAUUAUGCAGCGGAAAUCUACACGGCAUUGUACAAGACAGAUGAUGUCCCCGAGGAGAUGAACAGUAGACGCAAAGAGGUCGUUGCAAAGCUGAAGACACUGCAGGCGCAAGCAGAGUCAAUUGUGUCCUUCCUGAGCAGCGAGGACAAGGUGAAGCAGCUAAAACAGGACAAGGCAUACAACCUGGCCUUCCUGCAGGAGGAGUUCCAGAUUGGACCGCAGCAAAUAGACGCGCUCUACAACUUUGCAAAGUUCCAAUUUGAGUGCGGCAACUACUCGGGGGCAGCAGAGUUCCUGUAUCACUACAGGACGCUGGCCACCAACAGCGAGCGGGUGCUGAGCGCGCUGUGGGGCAAGCUGGCAGCAGAGAUCUUGAUGCAGCAGUGGGAGACGGCGCUGGAUGACCUGACCAAGCUGAAGGAGAUCAUCGACGCCAACACCUUUGCACCCAUCCUGCAGCAGCUCCAGCAGCGCGUGUGGCUCAUGCACUGGGCGCUAUUUGUGUUCUUUGAGCACGAGAAUGGCCGCAAUGCCAUCAUCGACCUCUUCUUCCAGGACAGGUAUUUGAAUGCAUUGCAGACGACCUCGCAGCACCUGCUGAGGUACUUGGCGGCAGCGGUGGUGGUGAACAAGCGGCGACGAAACACGAUGAAGGACCUCAUACGCGUCAUCGAGCAGGAGUCCUAUGAGUACAGUGACCCCAUCACCCAGUUCCUGGAGUGCCUCUUCGUGCGCUAUGACUUUGAGGGCGCCCAGGUGAAGCUGCGCGAGUGUGAGGAGGUGUUGGAGAAUGACUACUUCCUGGCAGCGCUGAAGGAUGAGUUUGUGGAGAACGCGCGGCUUUUCAUUUUUGAGACCUACUGCCGCAUCCACCAGUGCAUAGACCUGCGCAUGCUCGCAGGCAAGCUGAACAUGGAUGCAGAGGCGGCGGAGAAGUGGAUUGUGAACCUUAUCAGGCAUGCACGUCUGAAUGCCAAGAUAGACUCCCAGGCAGGCACUGUGGUGAUGGGCAUGCAGUUCCCCUCAGCAUAUGAGCAGGUCAUGGAGAAGGCAAAGGGCCUCUCGCAGCGCACCUUUGUGCUGGCCAACCUUGUUGUCGGGGCUCCCCAGACAUGAGGGCUACCGAUGCAGCUUGUACACUAGUCUUUUGUUAGGGUCUGCAAAUUUCUUAUAUUCCUUGAAGUCUAUUCCAUCUCAGUGAGACUGUUGUCGGAUGUUUGGAGGGGAAGAUGUCACAAAUGAAGCACAUUUGUAACGGUGAUGAGCCUGAG